AUGACAGAAGUCAAACUGUGCUCCCCUUAGUGAAAUCGUUCUGUGAAAAAUCCUUCAAAGCAGAUGAAUCUAUCCUAGUUUCUUUAUCUUUCCAUUUAGGGAAACUGUGCAAUGGAUUGUAUGGCAUUUUUACUCCUGAACAGCACUUAAGGUUUUUGGAAUUUUAUAAGAAGCUUUCGACACUGGGUUUACAACAGGAAAAUGGACAUAAUGACAAUCAACUACAACUUCAAACUCUGGAACAGGAGAAGAAGUACAUUUCAGUAAGGAAGAACUGUGCUUACAAUUUUCCAGCCAUGAUUGUUUUUGUGGAUCCAAAGAACUUCCAUUUAGAACUAUAUUCUAUAUUCUUCUGCCUUUGUCAUGACCCUGAGGUUCCUGUCAGAUAUACUAUGGCCAUAAGCUUCUUUGAAGUUGCUAAACUUUUAAAUUCUGGUGUUUAUACAAUACAUAAAGAACUGGUUACACUGUUACAGGAUGAGUCACUGGAGGUGUUAGAUGCCCUGGUAGGUCACCUUCCUGAAAUCCUUGAACUCAUGACUAAUGGAGGAGAAAACAGUGGAUCAGAAAGCAAGUUAUUGUCUAUUCCUGACUUGAUUCCUGCAUUAACAACAGCAGAACAGAGAGCAGCAACUUCUUUAAAAUGGAGAACUCAUGAGAAGUUACUACAAAAAUAUGCAUGUCUCCCUCAUAUCAUAUCAAGUGAUCAGAUUUAUUACCGUUUUCUUCACAGAAUGUUGACAAUCAUUUUGACAAAUAAUGUCUUGCCAGUCCAAAAAGCAGCUGCUCGAACUCUCUGCGUUUAUUUGCGUUAUAAUCGCAAACAAGAACAGAGGCAUGAGAUUAUUCAGAAGCUCAUUGAACAACUGGGCCAAGGAAAAAGUUAUUGGAACAGACUUCGUUUUUUAGAUACUUGUGAAUUCAUUAUGGAGCUGUUUUCAAAGUCAUUCUUCUGUAAAUACUUCUUUCUACCUGUGCUGGAACUUACACAUGAUCCAGUGGCAAAUGUGAGAAUGAAGCUAUGCUAUUUGUUGCCAAAAGUUAAAUCUACUCUGAAGAUUCCUACCGAUAAACAUUUGCUCCAGCAGUUGGAAUUAUGUAUAAGGAAACUUCUGUGUCAAGAAAAAGACAAAGAUGUCCUGACUAUUGUGAAAAGAACAGUAUUAGAACUGGACAGAAUGGAGAUCUCGGUAGAUGCUUUUCAGAAAAGAUUUUACGAAAAUGAUUUAUUGGAUCAAGAAAAAGAGAGACAAGAACAUCUCCUUUUGGAAAUG